GAGUCGACAAUCGGAGUCAAUAUAAAUGGGUUGAGUGUUUUUAUGAUUUGAUUUUCUAUCGCUAGUCGAUUCAAAAUAUUUGACACUCGCUCGCUCGCUCGCAAGGUGCUGUGCACCCCUCACGAAUUCCAUCAAGCUGCAGUUAUCAGCAGCUAUGAUUAUGCUAUAAGCCUUUACAACAAUCUGUCUACUUUCAUUCGUACACUCUUUCUCUUGAACUUGUCUGCACAAUGUCCGACGACGAAUUCUACUACGACGAUGACGAUGACUGGUACUGGUACGAGGAGGACAACAUGGGUCUUGGGGAUGACCUAGCAGAAAACGCCAUCCAUUCCCCCAUCAUGGUUGAAGAUCCAUCCCUAGAAACAGUCGAUACUUACAGUGACUGGGAAUACUAUUCCGACGACUAUUACGACGACGAUCCGACGAUAACUACCACACACAAUACGAACGGCGAACCUCGUAGAAAAAGGCAGAAAUUAUCUUCGAUUGGAAAUAUUCCUGCCCUCGAGCUUGGUUCUUCGAUUGUUGAUUCUUCGUCGCAAAUGGCGGAUUCGUUCAAGGGUGUGUUGUGGAGGGUCCCUGUGAAAGAGGAUGAGAAGAUGGAGUUGUAUGAACCAGGUAAGGAGGAGAAGGUGGCUUUGUUGAGUGAUUGGAGGGAACUUUUUAAUGCGCCGGUAUACCAGAAAGAUUGGUUUGCCAACGGGUCUAAAACUACCGAAAUAAAUGGCGAGGACAGGGCGUAUAGCACUAUAAAUGAUCAGGCUACUGAACCUGAAAAUGCGGUCGACACAAAAUACGGCAGAUAUUCCCCUCCACCACUUGCGAUUGAGAAUUUGGAUAAAACUAUUAGUCGCCAACGGGAGAAAUUGUCACAGCCGGAAAAACAGAAUGUGUCUGAACAAGUACCAGCAGAAAGGAUGAUUGUCGCAGACAGCGAGGAGGAAGAGGAACUCGAUGAAACAAUAGAUCCUAUGGCGGUCGAAGGAGAUGCUGCCGACGACGACAAGGAGAAUAAUGUUUCACCAGAAAAUGAAGACGAAUCUCCGCAGACGAUGUCAGUCAGAGUCGAAAUACCCACACUAGCAGCCGCACUGAAAGAGGAUUCAUUGAACCAGAGUGCUCCACCACCGAAAAAAGGUCGGACGCCGAAGAAUUCUUUGGCGGCUACGGAGACGAAUGGAAACAGCACGACUAAGAAGACUGCAACCAGACAGACUCCUACGAAAAGGAAGAGAGCCGACAAUGAAGAAGAACAAGGCCACAAAAGGAGAUCGAAAAGAGUGGCUUCAUCUCCAAACAUGAAAGCAAGAAACGACAAACCGGAUAAGAAACGGACACGUGCUGGCUCGAUGGCUUCACCGAGAGAAGAGCGUGGGAAGAGGAAAAAAGUUUAGUCCGUAGUCCUUGGACUCGUCUAGAUAUUUGUACGUUUAAUGUAUAAUUCAUGGCCUAUGAAUUGUCGGGUUAUCAAUGAUGUUUUACGAAUAAUCAAUCCUUGCAACAUGAUACAUGUACGACCUUCAAAUAUUCCAGGCUUGAAAGACCCCUUUAAUGUUAUGCGCUUUCUUCUGAAGCUGCAGACCCAGUGACUUUUUACGCUUUAUACCUUUAUAUUGAAGAGGCCGAGGAUAGGGAGAUUUCAGGAGUCAUACCA